UUUGAAAAUGAUCCGAGACACACUGUGCGACACAGGAACAUCCGCAGUCUUCAGGCUAGUCUAGUGUUGUCAAACAAGUUGCUAACGCUAAUGUCGGCUAACUAGCCAGCACGGGUUAAUUAUCACGAAGGUUGUUGUGUCUGAGUGUGUAGGCAGAAACAUGGAGCAGUGUGCAUGUGUGGAGCGGGAAUUGGAAAAAGUUCUCCAUCGCUUUGUCAUGUACGGCCACCAGUCUGAAGAGAGACUAGAUGAACUCCUGCGCAGUGUCUGUGAGAUACGUGCACAGCUAGUAGCAUUUGGUGUACAAGAUGCAGAUUUGUCUGUACUGUCUCAGACAAUGACACAGUGCUGUAAGAACAUUAAAGAAACAGUACAAAUGUUAGCUUCACGACACAAGGACAUUCAUGGCAGUGUGUCAAAAGUUGGCAAAGCUAUUGACAGGAAUUUUGAUGCAGAGAUUAGUGCCGUGGUUGCAGAAACAGUAUGGGAUACCCCUGACAGGCAGAAAUAUCUUAGUGAAACGAUAGUUGAGCAUCUGUACAGACAAGGCAUGCUCGGUGUAGCAGAAGAUUUGUGUCAGGAGUCUGGGGUAGUCAUUGAUAUGAGUAUGAAGCAGCCUUUUCUUGAAUUAAACAGGAUUCUUGAAGCUCUACGAAUGCAGGACCUCAGGCCAGCGUUAGAAUGGGCAGUGACAAAUCGCCAGCGGCUUCUUGACCUGAACAGUAGUCUAGAAUUCAAGUUACACCGAUUGUACUUCAUCAGCCUGCUCAGUGGAGGCAUUAGCAACCAAGUGGAAGCUCUGCAAUAUGCAAGACAUUUUCAACCAUUUGCUUCACAGCACCAGAGAGAUAUCCAAAUUCUCAUGGGGAGCCUGGUCUACCUGCGCCAUGGAAUUGAAAAUUCUCCAUAUCGCAGUUUGCUUGAGCCAAACCAGUGGGCUGAGAUCUGCAACAUCUUCACCAGGGAUGCCUGUGCCUUACUGGGUCUUUCUGUAGAGUCCCCGCUAAGUGUCAGUUUCGCAUCAGGCUGUAUGGCUUUGCCUGUGCUGAUGAACAUCAAACAGGUCAUAGAGCAAAGACAAUGUAGUGGAGUUUGGACACACAAAGAUGAGUUGCCCAUUGAAAUUGACCUGGGAAAAAAGUGCUGGUAUCACUCAGUAUUCGCCUGCCCAAUUCUUCGUCAACAAACUUCAGAAAGCAACCCUCCAAUGAAGCUCAUUUGUGGCCAUGUCAUCUCCAGAGAUGCUCUCAACAAACUCACCAACGCUGGAAAGUUGAAAUGCCCAUAUUGCCCCAUGGAGCAGAACCCGUCACAUGCCAAGCAGAUCUACUUUUGAUACAUUCAGUCUCUUCAUGGCUUUGGAUGAAGUUCCCUGGAGCGUGAGGCAUUUCAGGACCAUUUUUGUCUUGCCCCUUUCCACAGAUGGUCUAUGGCCUUAUUGUGAGCGAGGUUUUGUCCCUUUGCUCUUCUGGAGGGCUCCGGUCAUCUUGAAAUGCCCAUCUCCAACUAAUAUACAAAGCCCAGCUGGGAAGGCAUGACUAGAGCUUGUAGUGCCUCUGGAAAGAACAGUGCAUUGAAACGCGUAUGGACAUGCCUGUAGUUUUUGUUUUUGAAGUAUAUCACACAUAAAGGUAUUUCUGGGCUUUUUACUGUUUGAAUACGGUAUGGAGGACCGCUUUAAGUUUCUUCCCCUUCAUCUGAGGCAGUUUGAUGAAAAUGGAUAGAUGUACAGUUUGUGCAAGGAGACUUAAGGCAAGGAUCAGUCUUUUCAAUGAUUGCACAAAAAUCCUCUGAAUGUUUAUGACCGUGUUCUUUACUGCUGAGGGAAUUUCUGGAGGACUAUCUUGACUGUCCCUCUCUUUUCUCCUCCAUAAUGUCGUCAAUGUUGGCUCAUGUAUCCACACAUUUAGCUCAUGAACAGGGGAAGACCUCUGCUACUGUCUGCAACGGCAAGAUUGUUCACAUUAUAUAAACCAUUGACCUGUUUGAUGUGUGUAUUUAACAAACAAAAAGGAAACAAAAAUAUACAAUGAAAUGUGCUUUGUUUUUAUUUUCUUCACAACCUCUAUUAACCACUAUAAGCAUUACUGAUAUUGCUACAGCAUGGGUUUCAGAACUAACAUCCCUGCCCUCUUAACCCUGGACUGUGUCUCUAUUGUGCUCUGUGCAAACUGGAGGUGUGAAGUUGUGUGAUGGUAGCAGUAAGUUCCUACUCGCAGUAACUUUAGGCUUGUGAUUCGGCUUUCCUUGUGGGUGAGAAAUCCCUCUGGUUCUUGUUGCUGUUGUUUAGUAUACAGUUAUAACCGAGGGCCUCUGACACACAGGUUUGGCUGAACAUAAAAUACAUGCUCAACAUUAUAGUCCAUACAUAUCCUCAGGGUUCAUUGUCACUUCAUCCCACAGUUCACAGUUAGUAUUUAAGAUGUACAUCUAGGUAUAGCAUAUAUUGGAUUAUAUAAUACGUUUUCCAUUGAAGAGACUGUUGGAAAUGUGUAAAUAUACAAAUAGUUAUCUGACAGAAUACAUAAGGCAUCUGGAUGCUCAUUAAUUACCAAAACACAACAAGUUUUUGGUUUCUCCUGAAAUAUUGUGAUGUCACCUCUAUUUGUUGAGGCUUAUUUAUCCCCUAUUGCACCAGCAUAGAUGAAAUAAUACUACGAUAACACACAGUCAUGAGACAAAACUGAAGCAUCCUUUGAAUGGGUUACAGCAUGUUCUGUUUGGACUUUGUUUCCUGGCUUGCUCUGGUUGACAAUCACUGAUGGCUUCUCUGAGGGUCCUUCAUUUAGACUGCUAAUGCCCUGUGAUUGACUUGUUUCUGCUUAUGUGUGUAAUGACUCCUUUACUGUAAAUCUCUAUGCUCUACCAUGUUUCAUAAACUUGCAGCUGAAAAUAAAACAAAUUUGUACGUCAAA